AUGGCAUCAGAAAGUGACCAAAGGUACGCAAUGAUGGAUGAGAAAAAGAGGAAGAGGAUGAUUUCGAACAGGGAAUCAGCAAGGCGGUCCAGGAUGAGGAAACAGAAGCAAAUGCAGGAUUUGACUGAUGAAAUCAGCAAAUUGGAGGUUUCCAACAACGCUGUUGUGACCAAAAUGGAUGAGAUUACGGAUAAAUAUACAGUCAUUGCGGCAGAGAACAAUGUCCUGAGAGCCCAGGUUCUGGAAUUGACUGAGAGAUUAAGGUUAUUGAAUGAUGUGAUCAAGAAAAGGGAAAAUGAUGUUAAUGGUAAUCAGUUACCUGAUCGUUCAUUGAAGCCUUGGCAACUUUCUUGCUCAAUGUCGCAGCCAAUCCCAGCUUCUUCGCCAUUGUUUCAGAACUUCUGA